AUGAAUCGGGAUAUCAAUUACGCGUGGAAACCUACAGAAAAGAAUUCUGGAAGUGUCCUUUCACCACCAAUUUCACACCCAAUUAAGAAUAAAAAACUAAAUGAGCGAAUUACGGUUACCGAUUUACGAGCGUUCAAGAUAGAAAAAAGAGAGCUUAUUAGACCGAAUCAAUCAUGUUUUAUAUUACUAAAGCUCAAAGUAACUUGUUACGAUGCAAAGGUUGGUGUCGAAGAAAGCGUAGUAUCUAAACCUGUGACCCUCAUGUUCCAAAAUUUAAAGAAAUCCUGUGUUGUCAUUAAAAAGUAA